CAUUUGGUAAUGCCCUCCAUUCUCUGGAUGGAGCAACAUCUCGGGGAGAUUUUGUGGCUCUGCUGGAUCAUUUUGGCAACCACUAUAUCCAGGAAGCUGUCUAUGGAUUUGAGGAAUCCUGCUCUAUCUGGUAUCCCAACAAGCAAGUGCAAAAACAGCUCUGGCUGGAAUAUGAAGAUAUUAGCAAAGGUAAUUCCCCAUCAGAUGAAUCUGAAGAGCGUGAGCGAGAUCCCAGGGUCCUCACUUUUCCAGAGUACAUUGCCAGUUUGUCAGAAUCCGGGACCAAGCGUAUGGCAGCUGGGGUGCGCAUGGAGUGCCAAAGCAGGGGGCGCUGCCCUUCCUCCUGUCCUUUAUGUCAUGUGACCUCUAGCCCAGAUGCUGUAGCUGAACCCAUCCUCCUGGAAGUCACAAAGGCAGCACCCAUCUAUGAGUUGGUCAUCAAUAAUCAGACUCAGAAG